GGGGAGGGGAAGAGAGGUAGAAGGAGGAGGAGGAGAGGCUGCAGGGAGUGGUGGAUUCCGCUGGUGAGUCGGAGGUUGUGGAGAAGAGGAUGGCGGCGUCUUCCGUGGCCGCGGCCUGGUCGGGUGGCGGCGGCGGCCGCCGCGGCUGGGGAUGGAAGCAGGAUGGCAUUGUUGGAUUGAUGAAGAGAUUGGUUUGGGUGGAGAAGAGUGUAUGUAUGUAGGCGUGGUUUCGGUUUUAGGUGGAAGAACAGAUUGGCGGUCAUUUUUUGGCAGUAAGCUCAGGUGGCUUGAGGAAGAG